GGGAGACACUAUCGCAAGAUGGCGUCUGCGAGGCAGCGGGAUGCGGAAUGAGCGCGCCCCGCCGGGGGCACUGCGAGGCUGCUCCUCUACUGCCGCCGCCGCCACUGCGGCGCCGCCUCUCCGCCUGCCAUUGCGCCGCGGCCAAGCCCUCGGGUCUCGCAGUAGCCCCCUGCGUCCCGGCCUGCUGCCUUGCCGGUCGCCAGCGCCCCCACCACGCCCCUCCGGCACGGCACUCCCUCUGAGGUGUGAGCUUGUCGGGCCGAUGCGGUGACCUCUGGCCGGCCUGGGAGGAGCGCGUGCACCGCGGGCGGCAGCGAGCAAGCGGCGAGCGCCUUUACAAUGGCUCUGACCCUGUUUGAUACGGAUGAAUAUAGACCUCCUGUUUGGAAAUCUUACUUGUACCAGCUGCAACAGGAAGCCCCUCAUCCUCGAAGGAUAACCUGUACUUGUGAGGUGGAAAACAGACCAAAGUAUUAUGGAAGAGAGUUCCACGGCAUGAUCUCCAGAGAAGCAGCAGACCAGUUCUUGAGUGUGGCUGAGGGGAGCUACCUCAUUCGGGAGAGUCAGCGUCAGCCAGGAACCUACACUCUGGCUUUAAGAUUUGGAAGUCAAACCAGAAACUUCAGGCUCUACUACGAUGGAAAGCACUUUGUUGGGGAGAAACGCUUUGAGUCCAUCCACGAUCUGGUGACUGAUGGAUUGAUUACUCUCUAUAUUGAAACCAAGGCAGCAGAAUACAUUGCCAAGAUGACGAUAAACCCAAUUUAUGAGCACAUAGGAUACACAACUUUAAACAGAGAGCCAGCAUACAAAAAACAUGUGCCAGUCCUGAAAGAGACACAUGAUGAGAAAGAUUCUACAGGCCAGGAUGGGGUAUCAGAGAAAAGGGUCCAUACAUUCAGAGGGCCGCACUGGUGUGAAUACUGUGCCAACUUCAUGUGGGGUCUCAUUGCUCAGGGAGUGAAAUGUGCAGAUUGUGGUUUGAAUGUUCAUAAGCAGUGUUCCAAGAUGGUCCCAAAUGACUGUAAACCAGACUUGAAACAUGUCAAAAAGGUGUACAGCUGUGACCUCACAACGCUCGUAAAAGCACACAUCACUAAGCGGCCUAUGGUGGUGGACAUGUGCAUCAGAGAAAUUGAAUCCAGAGGCCUCAAUUCUGAAGGACUAUACCGAGUGUCAGGAUUCAGUGACCUAAUUGAAGACGUCAAGAUGGCUUUUGACAGAGAUGGUGAGAAAGCAGAUAUUUCUGUGAACAUGUAUGAAGAUAUCAACAUUAUCACUGGUGCGCUUAAACUGUACUUCAGGGAUUUGCCAAUUCCACUCAUCUCGUAUGAUGCCUAUCCUAAGUUUAUAGAAUCUGCUAAAAUUAUGGAUCCUGACGAGCAAUUGGAAACCCUUCAUGAAGCACUGAAACUACUGCCGCCUGCUCACUGCGAAACCCUCCGGUACCUCAUGGCGCAUCUCAAGAGAGUGACCCUUCAUGAAAAGGAGAAUCUUAUGAAUGCAGAGAACCUCGGAAUUGUUUUUGGCCCAACUCUUAUGAGAUCUCCAGAACUAGACGCAAUGGCUGCAUUGAAUGAUAUACGAUACCAGAGACUGGUGGUGGAGCUGCUUAUCAAAAAUGAAGACAUUUUAUUUUAAAUUUUUAAUUUGAGGGAAAAAAAGAAAUGGUUUACAGAUGAAGGAAUGUUUUAUAGUAAUUUAAUUGGCUCUUACAGCUGAAUUAUUUCUUGGUUAGAGGUUUGGGCAUAUAACCAGAUUAAAAUGAAGGACCUUUUUGUUGUUUUUGUAGUGCCGCUCAGCUGUCUUUGUAAAACAGUGAACACACGCUUUCCAGUUCUAGUAUCCUGGGUGUUUAUCAUGUUAAGAGAAACUCAAGCUAUUGCAUGAUUAGCCCCCUAUUUGGCAAGAACCCCAUUCAAAGAAAACAACCAACCUGCACAACCUCUUCGUCCUGGGUAGUCUGUGGUUGUAAUUCAGCAUGUUUCCCAGAGUAAACCUGUCGUGACUUAGCUUUUGGGUUCGAUGUCAUUGAUCUCUGAUACUUACUCAGACAUGCACCCACAAAUGGAUAAAACAGCACCUCUGGCCCUCGCAUUGCCAUAGACUAUAUCAUAUGCCUACUUUUCUCGAAUGGUUUAUUUCUGGUUUCUCUUAGUUCUUCUAUAACAUAGUACUUUCUUUCCAGCAAAGGCAAAAUGUGUUUUCGGAUUUGUUACUUUAAUAAGUUAUCCAUACCAAUAAAAAAUGUACAACACAGAGCAUUUGCUGUUAAAUUAUUAUUGGUUUUCAGUUGUGAUUCUGUGUUUUUAUCUGGCAUGCAUAUGUUAAUUUAUUAAAUUUGGCUCUUAGAAAUCGAAAAUAUUGAUAGCUUAUUUUUUACAAUUACUGAGAGUAUUUGGGAAAACGUGUUUGACCAUUUACUUAAUAUUGAGUACUCCCUCUCACCUCUUUUGUUUACUGUUAAAAUUUUUGUGGUGAGUUCUUUAAAUAACAAUUAUAAAACUGCUU